GUAUUUAUUUAGGGAAGUGAUAUAAACAUGCUAUUUUCUAUUUAAUGUAAUCAACGGCUGCGAUAUUUUUCCAUAGAACAAGCAGGACUAAAAAACCCUCUCCCUCUCACUCUAAAUUUCGCUGCACUUCCAAAUCUCUCUCUCUCUCUCUCUCAUAUCUUUUCUUUUCUUUUUUUAAACUUGUGAAGAUAUUUUUGGGUUUUAAAUCUUGGAAUUUGAGGUGAAAAUGGAGAGGGAUUUCAUGGGUUUGAAUUCUAAGGAAGAAGCCAUUGAAGCAGGUGAUAGUAGGCGGACUGGAAAUCAUUCUGGUGUACAAGUACAACAACGUAGUCCGGUUCAGUUAACCAUCUUUUACAAGGGUACUGUGAACGUGUACGAUGAUAUGUCCCCUGAAAAGGCACAAGCCAUAAUGUUAUUAGCCGGAAACGGGGUCCACGUGAGUCAACCAAUGACCACCGCCCCCUCGAGCCCAGUGUCGAUCAAUCCAUCGACUGGCACAAGCUCAAGGGCAGCAAUGGAUGCUACAAAAGCCAUGAGCUCGCUUCGACGAGUCAUGCAGUCAGCGGUUCCCCAGAUGAGGGGAGCAUCUUUGGCUCGGUUUCUUGAGAAGCGAAAGGAAAGAGUAAUGGCUUCAGCACCUUAUAACCUUGGUAAAAGUACGUUACCUGGAUCAAGUAGCAGAAUGAAUAAAGAUGAUAACAAGUAAACAAUACAUAUUUUUUGGAGUUAUUAAGAGCAUGUUUUUAAGCUCGAUCCUGUUCCUCUUCCCAGUAGAAACAAUCAACAAUCUCUCUCAUUGUAACUGUAUGUUGUAAAGCUUCAGGUGUUUACAAGGACAGAUUUUAUGUUUUCAAUUCUAUUUUGUAGUUUAUAUGUGUAAUAAAAGGAAAGUUUCAACAUUUACUAAACGAUAUAAAUUUUUUUGGCGG